AUGCACUCAGCCCGCCUGACCCUCGCCCAGGUCACCUACAGACCCGCGCCUCUGUUGUUCAUUCACAGGAGGAAGUCGAAACAGGCAAAAGUGCAGGCCCUUCCCUCGCGCCGCACCGUUCACCGGCAGUUCGUGCACUCAGCUUUCUCUCUCCAGCCAAGUUUCCCUUCCUCCCCUCACCCCUCCCCGAUCUUCCUCCCUUUUUUGGGGCUGCUUAGAGAGAUCGAUGAUGCGAACGGGGGAACGGCAGCAGUUGCGGUAGCGUCAGGUGUGAGCUGCAGCCAGGUGACCGUGCCGGAGCGCAUCAACGCCGUGCAGGGGAAGAACAUCACUCUGAGCUGCAGGAUCGAGGUGGGCUCCAACCUCAGCCUGACCCAGAGCUCAUGGGAACGCCGGCUCCCCUCGGGCAGUGCCACCGUGGCCGUCUUCAACCCCGAGUACGGGACCUCUGUGACGGCGGACUACUCCCACCGCGUGUCCUUCGUGUCGCCCUCGGUCCGCGACGCCACCAUCGUCCUGCAGGGGGUGGGCCUGGACGACGUGGGCUCGUACAGCUGCAAAGUGGCCACCUUCCCUCUGGGCAACACGCAGGCCUCCACCUACGUGAACGUGCUAGAGCGCACUGUCGCAGCCCCUCAGCCCUUCUCUCUCUCUUGCUUCAGUUCCACGUCUCCCCCGCUUCUCCUACACCCAGCCCACCCCUGCUUCUCCUACACCCAGCCCACCCCUGCUUCUCCUACACCCAGCCCACCCCUGCUUCUCCUACACCCAGUCCACGCCAGUUUCUCCUACACCCAGCCCACCCCUGCUUCUCCGACACCCAGCCCACCCCUACUUCUCUUACACCCAGCCCACCCCUACUUCUCUUACACCCAGCCCACCCCUACUUCUCUUACACCCAGCACACGCCAGUUUCUCCUACACCCAGCCCACCCCUGCUUCUCCUACACCCAGCCCACGCCAGUUUCUCCUACACCCAGCCCACCCCUACUUCUCCUGCACACGCCAGCUUCUCCUACACCCAUUCCACCCCUACUUCUCCUACACCCAGCCCACCCCUGCUUCUCCUACACCCAGCCCACCCCUGCUUCUCCUACACCCAGCCCACCCCUACUUCUCUUACACCCAACCCACCCCUGCUUCUCCUACACCCAACCCACCCCUGCUUCUCCUACACCCAACCCACCCCUGCUUCUCCUACACCCAGCCCACCCCUACUUCUCUUACACCCAGCACACGCCAGCCAUCCGAUACCCCCGCGUGGGAACGGGGUUAUUCCAGGAGCUGUUUUACUGCCAUGGACCAUCCCAGUUCCAGACCUCUGCCCACGCCUCCAGCUCCUACACGAUUCCAUACGCUCUCUUCUUCCCAUCAUGUUUAUUUGCACCAGUCGUGUCGAUCGAGGGCGUGGGUCAGAACUGGUACGUGGGACAGGACAAUGUGAAGUUUGAGUGUGGGGCCAAAGCCAACCCCGCCGCCCGCUCCUUCACCUGGAUCCGGUUGGACGGGGUGAUGCCAGACGGAGUGCGCGUCCUCAACAGCACGUUUGUGUUCACGCGAGCGCUGGAGAAGAACGACUCGGGCGUUUACCGCUGUGAGGUCAUCAACGACAUCGGUCUGCGCAGCAAAGACGUCAAUCUGUGGGUGCAAGAGCCGCCCCCGACCACCGCGCCGCCCCCCACCACCGCGGCGCCGCUGACCUCGGGCGCAGGCACCGCUCAGGACCGUAGACGCGGCCCGCUGCCCUCCGCCUCCUCCACCGCCGUGCUCCCCCCUCAGUCCUCCACCCUGGGCACGGUGGUGGGCGGAGCCGUGGGCGGGCUCCUCCUCCUGGUGCUGCUGCUGAUCCUGGGCGCCGCCUGCUUCAUGCGGCGCAAGCGAACCUUCCGCGGCGACUACUACACCAAGCAGUACCUGGGGCCCAACGACAUGCAGAAGGAGGCGCAGCUGGAUGUUCUGCAGCCGCACGAGAUGCAGGAGGUCUACGGCGACAAGAGCAGCAAAGGAAGCCAGGACCUGAAGCCCAAACUGACCAGCGACGUCAUCUACCCCGAGUACAAGGACGAGUGGGCGGACCGCGGGGACAAGCAGAGGAGCGUCAAAGAUCCAAACUAUUACCCCAACCACUACAACAGCCACAACGUGCAUCCGUGUGGGCCCCCGGUGCAUGGCGUUGGCAGCACGGGGAACGGGUCGCCCUACGCACCGCCGGAAGAUCGCUACGGCAACGACAACCCGGCGGACAGUGACUACGUGUCCCACAUGGACGGCUCUGUGAUCUCGCGGAGAGAGUGUAUUAUGACUUAUGGAGGACAAUGGCACUGCCUCGAUCGUAACCACUGGACCUUAAGGAGCUUGGACACGCCGGGAUCUCGGGAACCACUUCCCAGACGGCUCUUCCCGCCUAGAAGUGAGAGCCACGCGGCGGGAGUGGGAGUGGCCCGUAACACCCGCCAUGCCUGUGUUAACAUGUCUGGGGAAGCUGCCUUUUAG